AUGGUGGACGGCAUCACGGCCAUCUACAACUUCGGGGACUCGAUAACGGACACGGGCAACCUCAUCCGCGAAGGCGCCACCGGCAUGCUGCGCUACAUCGGCAGGCUUCCCUACGGCAUCGAUUUGCACGGCCCGACCGUCCGCUGCUCCAACGGAUACCUCAUGAUCGAUUUCCUAGCGAAAUAUGUUGGCCUUCCUCUCCUCAACCCAUACCUCGACAAGGCGGCGGACUUCACGCACGGCGUGAACUUCGCCGUCGCCGGAGCCACCGCGCUCGACACGACGACGCUCGCCGAGAGAGGGGUCACCAUCGCCAUCACCAACAGCUCCCUCGACGUCCAGCUCGCGUGGUUCAAGGACUUCAUGGCCUUCGCCACGAACUCUAGUCAAGGCACGUCAUUGAUCAGCUCUUUUUGUAGUAACGAGAUCCGAAGGAAGCUAGCGAGCUCACUGGUGAUGCUGGAGAUUGGUGGAAACGACUUCAACUACGCCUUCCAACAGCAACAGACCCGGCCAUCCGACGGCGGAUAUGGCCUCGGCAACGUCACCCGUAUAGUGGAAACUCUACAACAGGCCGGGGCGCUUGUGCCUCCAGUCGUGCAAUCCAUUUCGAACGCAGCAGAGGAGCUGCUGGAGAUGGGUGCGGUCCGGGUGGUGAUCGCCGGCAACUUCCCGAUCGGGUGCGUGCCGGUGUACAUCGCCGGGGCGAACGUGACGGAGCCGGCCGCGUACGACGCGGACGGCUGCCUGGCCGUCCUCAACGCGUUCGCGGAGCUGUACAACGCGCGGCUGCGGGGCGCCGUCGCGGCGCUUCAGCGGGCGCACCCGCGCGCCGUGGUCGCGUACGCGGACUACUUCGCGGCGUACGCCUGGGUGCUCCGCGAGGCGCGCGCGCGCGGGUUCGACCCGGCGAGGACGCGCACGGCGUGCUGCGGGGCCGCGGACGCCGCGUACGGCUUCGACGAGAGCAGGUUCUGCGGGGCGCCCGGGACGGCCGUGUGCGCGGACCGGGACCGGUACGUGAGCUGGGACGGCGUGCACCCGACGCAGCACGCGUACGGGGAGAUGGCCGAGCUGCUCUACCGCGGGGGGCUCGCGUACCCGCCGCCGAUCAAGUGGCCGGCGGGGCAGAAGAUGCCGGGGUCGACGAGCGUGCCCUUGAAUUGA